GGAGGCAAAUCUAGUCUGCGCUUUCGAGCCCCUGUCCGCUCCGUCCUUUCUCGUAGCUCCCCUAUAUAUCUCUGUUCUCAUUUUCCCAGUUUACGCUGCCUGCGUCGAACGAACCUUGAACGCUUGAUACCCUCCAACUCGUACGUCCAUAAUUUGACCGGUUAACACAACUGACUGGUGUCGACUUCAACACAGUCCUGAUUCAACAUGCCUACUGUACCACCGGAGCUCUGUGACUACGUUAUCGACCACCUCCAUAAUGACCGGAAGACGUUAAUGGCUUGCAGUCUCACAUGCCGCGACUGGGUGCCGACGGUUCAAGCGACUAUUGCAGGCCUGUCCCCUUCUGGCUCCUACGUCCGCGUCCUCCGAAUAUCAAAGCUCGACAAGGCCACCGCGGCUGAUCUUGCGCAAGUGGAAGAGAUCCUCCCCAUCAUUCUUGGCUACCUCGGCAAUUUGGAGUCUCUCGGAGGGUUUCUCCUCUCCACGUCCGCUAGCGUCCUGCGUUGCAUGCCCGAGGAGAGGCCAAUAACAGAGCUCUGCCUCCAGUAUUGCGAGUUCCCAGCCCUCGAAGACUUCGCACGCAGAGACGUCGAUCACAGCUCUGUCAUCGGCUUCCUGCUUCGCGGGAACCAUCACCGCCGUAUCCACAGCCUGUCGGCCACCCUCUCGACCGAGGAGGAUGCCUAUGCUCUCAGCGUAUUGCUGGAGCACAUCGGGGAGUCGCUGACCGAGCUCGACAUCGAAUGGCACCCGAUUCGUCCUGGCUUGAAUGUUGUCCUCCUGCCGCGCACGUUCAACAUCCCUCCGACUGUUGCGGUCGAGAGGCUGACCAUCCGCAGCGCGGUCUCACACGCCUAUUCCACACCUUGGGUCACCAGCCUCCUGUCCGCCGUCGAUCCUACGCGCCUGACCACGUUUGCCUUGGAGAUCCGGCUCCUCGGGGAACUGGACGCACUCGACUGGAACCUGCGUCGGGUCACGGUCAAACUGUCGGUCCGGAACCUCAUUCGUCACAAUCUUCAUAGAAUACACUCUAUGGGUAUGCUUCGCUUCGUCUCAUAAUCAGUGCUUGCGCGGAUAGUUUAGUGAU